CCAGGAGCGUUCGAGCAAGCCAUGGAGGACCUCAAGGCUUAUCUGGCAGCCAACAAGGGAGAAGCGGCCCAUAGCUUCUGGCUCCUCACCGAGAUCGAUCACUGGAACAUCGAGAAGGAGCGGAUUGUGGUGAUCACCAACGCUGCCCUUUUGGUGUGCAAAUACGACUUCAUCAUGCUCAAAUGCCUGGAGCUCCAGAGGAUCCCUCUGAGCUACAUUGAGAAGAUCUCCACGGGCCCUUUCACUUUCCCAAAGAAAUCCUUAGACAGGUGA